CUGAAAUUGGCAUUUGCCUCUGGCAGGAAAAUGAACUUGUCAGUUUUGGUGUGCUUCAGACCCUCGACCCAAAGGAGCCAGGAAUUGCAGUAGCAAUUUGCCUUUGAAUCUCAGAAUUAUAAAGAAAAAUUAGACAACCUGAAAUAAUGAGUUGUUUUCAACAAACUCGUGCCUGAGAGAUGAAAUGUCCUACCCCGGGGAGUUAAGAAAAAUAAACACAGACACAGAUCUCCGGUCUCGCUGCCAGCCGCAGGACUCCAAAGACAUCACGUGGCAACGUGGAACCCGCCUCUUGAUGACGUCACACAACUCGCAGCAGACGCGCUGAAGAAAGGAUGCUCUAGGAUGCUGUCCAGGUGGACCGCCACGCUGCAAGAUGCGGCACUGCAGGUGGACUUCUCUUCCAGGAGUAACUAGCAUGGUCAGUGCAGGAGCCAUGAGUGCCUCUGGGAACCUAAUGGACUUCCUUGAUGAGCCCUUCCCUGAUGUGGGGACCUACGAAGACUUCCACACCAUAGACUGGCUGAGGGAAAAGUCCAGGGACACUGACAGGCAUAGAAAGAUAACCAGCAAAAGUAAGGAGUCUAUUUGGGAGUUCAUCAAGAGCCUGCUGGACGCAUGGUCAGGAUGGGUGGUGAUGCUACUCAUUGGGCUACUGGCAGGUACCUUGGCUGGAGUCAUUGAUCUCGCUGUUGAUUGGAUGACGGACCUCAAAGAGGGGGUCUGUCUGUCUGCAUUCUGGUACAGCCAUGAACAAUGCUGUUGGACUUCCAAUGAGACCACUUUUGAGGACAGAGACAAGUGUCCCCUGUGGCAGAAGUGGUCAGAGCUUCUUCUGAGCCAGUCAGAGGGCGCCAGUGCUUACAUUCUGAAUUACUUAAUGUACAUAUUAUGGGCAUUGCUGUUUGCAUUUCUGGCUGUCUCCCUGGUACGAGUGUUUGCACCAUAUGCCUGUGGCUCUGGCAUACCCGAGAUAAAGACUAUUUUGAGUGGCUUUAUCAUCAGGGGCUACUUGGGAAAAUGGACUCUUCUAAUCAAGACUGUCACCCUUGUGCUGGUUGUAUCUUCUGGCCUGAGCCUUGGGAAAGAGGGACCACUGGUGCAUGUGGCAUGUUGCUGUGGCAACUUCUUCAGCAGCCUUUUCUCCAAGUAUAGCAAGAAUGAAGGCAAGAGGCGUGAGGUGCUUUCAGCUGCAGCUGCUGCUGGUGUCUCUGUGGCCUUUGGUGCUCCUAUAGGAGGUGUGCUCUUCAGUCUAGAGGAGGUCAGUUACUACUUUCCCUUGAAAACCUUGUGGAGGUCAUUUUUUGCAGCCCUAGUGGCUGCCUUCACACUGCGCUCCAUCAACCCCUUUGGAAAUAGCCGCCUGGUUCUCUUUUAUGUGGAGUAUCAUACACCCUGGUACAUGGCUGAACUCUUUCCUUUCAUCCUGCUUGGAGUCUUUGGAGGUUUAUGGGGAACCCUCUUCACACGCUGCAACAUUGCCUGGUGCAGGAGGCGUAAAACCACCAGGCUGGGGAAGUAUCCAGUGUUGGAGGUUAUUGUGGUGACAGCCAUUACCGCCAUCAUUGCCUAUCCCAAUCCCUAUACUCGCCAGAGCACCAGUGAGCUCAUAUCUGAGCUAUUCAAUGAUUGUGGGGCUCUCGAGUCUUCUCAGCUCUGUGACUACAUCAAUGACCCCAACAUGACUCGGCCUGUGGAUGACAUUCCGGACCGGCCAGCUGGGGUUGGAGUUUACACAGCCAUGUGGCAGCUGGCCUUGGCACUGAUCUUCAAAAUAGUCAUUACUAUAUUUACCUUUGGCAUGAAGAUUCCCUCAGGUCUCUUCAUCCCCAGUAUGGCCGUAGGAGCCAUGGCAGGCCGGAUGGUGGGAAUCGGCGUGGAGCAGCUGGCCUACCAUCACCAUGACUGGAUCAUCUUCAGGAACUGGUGCAGGCCUGGAGCGGACUGUGUCACACCAGGGCUUUAUGCUAUGGUGGGAGCUGCAGCCUGUCUAGGUGGAGUGACUAGGAUGACAGUAUCUCUAGUGGUCAUCAUGUUUGAACUGACUGGAGGUCUAGAGUAUAUUGUACCCCUGAUGGCAGCUGCUGUCACCAGCAAGUGGGUGGCUGAUGCCUUUGGGAAAGAAGGGAUUUAUGAAGCCCAUAUCCAUCUGAAUGGGUACCCAUUUCUUGAUGUGAAGGAUGAAUUCACCCACCGUACGCUGGCCACUGAUGUGAUGCGGCCCCGGAGGGGAGAACCACCAUUGUCAGUACUAACCCAGGACAGCAUGACUGUGGAGGAUGUGGAGACUCUCAUCAAGGAGACAGACUACAACGGUUUUCCUGUGGUGGUCUCCAGAGACUCGGAGCGUCUCAUCGGCUUUGCCCAGAGGCGGGAGCUAAUCUUGGCUAUAAAAAAUGCCAGGCAGAGGCAAGAGGGCAUUGUGAGCAAUUCCAUCAUGUACUUCACAGAGGAGCCCCCUGAGCUGCCUGCCAACAGCCCACAUCCACUGAAGCUGAGGCGCAUUCUGAACCUGAGCCCUUUCACGGUCACAGAUCACACCCCCAUGGAGACAGUGGUGGACAUUUUCCGGAAACUGGGGCUCCGACAAUGCCUGGUGACACGGAGUGGGUGA